UGAUGAAGAAAAGAAAGGAAUCUGUAAAGAUCCAUUUAUCUAUGAGGCUGAUGUUCAAGUGCAGUUGAUCAGCAAAGGCCAACCAAACCCUUUGAAAAAUAUUCUAAAUGAAAAUGACACAGUAUUCAUCGUGGAAAAAGUGCCUUUAGAAAAGGAAGAAACAAGUCAUGUUGAAGAACUACAAUCUGAAGAAACUGCUAUUUCUGAUUUCUCUACUGGUGAAAAUGUUGGACCACCUGCUUUACCAGUUGGGAGAGCCAGGCAGUUAAUUGGACUUUACACCAUGGCUCACAAUCCUAAUAUGACCCAUUUGAAGAUUAAUCGGCCAGUUACUGCCCUUCCUCCCCUUUGGGUAAGGUGUGAUGGUUCAGAUCCUGAAGGUACCUGUUGGCUGGGAGCUGAGCUUAUCAUAACCAAUAACAUCAUCACAGGAAUUGUCUUGUGCAUGGUCACCUGUAAAGCUGAUAAAAAUUAUUCUGUAAAUCUUGAAGACCUCAAAAAUUCACACAAGAAAAGACAUCACUUGUCUACUUUAACAGCCAGCGGCUUUGCCCAGUAUGAGCUCUUUAAGUCCACUGCCUUGGAUGAUACAGUUGCUGCCUCACAAACUACGAUCACUUUGGAUAUUUCCUGGAGUCCUGUGGAUGAGAUUCUUCAAAUUCCUCCACUCUCUUCAACUGCAACUCUGAAUAUUAAGGUGGAAUUGGGAGAGCCCAGAGGUCCUCUGAAUCAUCUUCACAGACAACUGAAAUUUCUCCUUGUUUUAGCUGAUGGUUUGAGGACUGGUGUAACUGAAUGGCCUGAGUCUCUGGAAGCAAAAUCUGCUGUUGAACUUGUGCAGGAAUUUCUGAAUGACUUAAAUAAGCUGGAUGAAUUUGGUGAUUCUACGAAAAAAACCACAGAGACAGUGAAACAUGACUCUGCUGCAGUUGAUCGGUCCAUGGAGUGUCUUCUCACAGUACGGGGUGAUCUCGAUUUUGCUGAGCAGCUGUGGUGCAAAAUGAGUAGUAGUGUGGUUUCUUACCAAGACUUGGUGAAGUGUUUCACGUUGAUCAUCCAGAGUCUACAGCGUGGUGAUAUACAGCCAUGGCUUCAUAGUGGGAGUAACAGUUUACUAAGUAAGCUCAUUCAUCAGUCUUACUAUGGAACCAUGGACACGGUUUCUCUCAGUGGGAUUGUUCCAGUUCAGAUGCUUUUGGAAAUUGGUUUGGAUAAACUGAAGAAAGAUUAUAUCUGUUUUUUCAUAGGCCAAGAACUUGCAUCUUUGAAUCAUUUGGAAUAUUUCAUUUCUGCAUCAGUAGAUACACAAGAGCAGGUUCAUCGUGUUCAAAAACUCCACCAUAUUCUCGAAAUAGUAGUCAGUUGCAUGCUUUUCAUUAAACCUCAACAUGAACUCCUCUUUUCUUUAACACAAUCCUGCAUAAAAUUUUAUGAACAAAAUCCUCUCGAUGAGCAACACAUUUUUCAGCUGCCAGUCAGACCAACUGCUAUAAAAGACUUAUAUCAAAAUGAGAAGCCACAGAAAUGGAGAGUGGAAAUAAACAGUGGUCAAAAGAAGGUGAAGACAGUUUGGCAACUGAGUGACAGCCCACCUGUAGAUCAUCUGAAUUUUCACAGACCUGGUAGAGAUGAUUUUUCUGAAUUAACAUUAAACGGUAGCCUGGAAGAAAGGAUAUCCUUUACUAACAUGGUUACCUGCAGCCAGGUGCAUUUCAAGUGAAGUGUGCUGAUGGGGCCCUCUGUAAGGUGCUCAAGCCAAAAAAAGAGAGAGAGAGGUGGUGGGAAGGUAAUUAUCACAGAACCUGAAAACAGAUGUAUGUAAACCUUCGAAGGAGCAAAAGGAGGAAGAUCCUGAAGAAGAUCCUGAAGGUUCUCUGUGAAAGAUGCAGCUACAAAAUGGAUGACCCUGUCUCAGCUCAGGCUCCUCAGCAGAAGCAUCAGGAGAACUGCAGCGAUUAGUAUACAGAGGGUGCAGACUGUAGGUACCAUGAUCUCCGUCAUGAUCUGCAUGUAACUUAGAAAAGGCUCUGCGGAGGGGGAGAGAGCAACAUGGCAGAUGAGAAUGUGGUCGUUUUGGCGAAUGCAGCUUCAUCCUGAAAGCUUCAGUUGUCUGGAUAAACUUGGAAAAUGGCAUCAUCACACUGCUAAUUAUUCUCAUUUGCUAUAAAAG